AUGCGGAAGCACCAAGCUGCCAUGCCACUGCGAGAGGGAGAGGACAGAGGAGUCACCGCAACGCGCCAGCGCCACCGUCUGAUGUCUCCUGCUCCCCGCUGCGCCUCUCGCUCCCUCCGUCUCCUACUAAUGCCUCCGCUACCAGCACCAGCGGCGGCGGCGGGGCGGGGUGAAGGCGCAGCGCCACCCGACGUCGUCGCAGGUGAGGCGGCUGUGCAAACAGGGCCGCCUGGACGCGCGCGGCGGCUGCUCCUCGACGCGCUCCCGCGCCCGCCGCCGCCGCUGCUCUACAACACGCUCCUCAUCGCCUACGUGGCCCGCGCCCUCCCGGAACACGCGCUGCGGCUCUACGCGCUCCUCAACCACGCCGCGCGCCCCGCGCCACGCUCCGACCACUACACCUACUCCUGCGCGCUCACCGCCUGUGCCCGCACCCGCCGCCUCCGCCUCGGGAAAUCCGUCCACGCGCACCUCCUCCGCGCGCGCGCGCGCUGGCUGGCCGACACCGCGGUGCUCCGCAACUCGCUCCUCAACCUCUACGCCUCCUGCGUGCGGUACCGAGGCGGCGGCGGCGUCGACGUCGUCCGCAGGCUGUUCGACGCGAUGCCCAAGCGGAACGCGGUUUCCUGGAACACACUGUUCGGUUGGUACGUCAAGACCGGACGUCCCCAGGAAGCUCUGGAGCUGUUCGCGCGUAUGCUGGAGGAUGGCAUCAAGUCCACGCCAGUCAGCUUCGUCAAUGUCUUCCCCGCGGCGGCCAAGGAAGAUCCCAGCUGGUCCUUGGUGCUCUACGGCCUCCUUGUGAAGCAUGGGAUGGAAUAUGUCAAUGAUCUCUUUGUUGUCAGCUCGGCCAUCGGGAUGUUCUCUGAACUCGGGGACGUGCAGUCAGCUUGGAGGGUGUUUGAGUACACUGCCAAGAAGAACACCGAGGUUUGGAACACGAUGAUCACUGGGUAUGUGCAGAAUGGGAAAUUUGCUGAAGCUAUGGAUCUCGUUAUCCGGUUAAUGGGGUCUAAAGAGGUUCCAAUGGAUGUCGUGACCUUCCUGUCAGCACUUACGGCUGCAUCACAGUCCCAGGAUGGCAGGUUGGGUCAGCAGCUGCAUGGCUACUUGAUCAAAGGAAUCCACGCCACUUUGCCAGUGAUACUUGGAGACCUUCAGAUUGGUAAACAAGCCCACGGUUAUCUCGUAAGGCAUGGCAUUGAGGAUGAGGGCUUGGAGAGCUAUCUGAUUGACAUAGAUGAAGUCACCUGGAAUGCCAUGAUAGCAGGGUACACACAGAGUGGGCAGCCUGAAAAAGCAAUCUUGGCAUUCCGGGCAAUGCUUGAGGCAAGUCUUGAACCUACUUCAGUGACACUUGCCUCGGUGCUCCCUGCAUGUGAUCCUCUAGGAGGAGGUUUAUGUGCAGGGAAGCAGAUCCAUUGUUUUGCUUUGCGCCGUUGUUUGGACACCAAUGUCUUCAGAGAACAUGUCUUUGCUGUUAUUACUGAAAAGAGCACUGUCUCCUAUACAACAAUGAUUUCUGGUCUUGGUCAGCAUGGUUUUGGCGAAAGAGCAUUGUCCCUUUUCUACUCAAUGCAAGAGAAGGGGCUAAAACCUGAUGGUGUGACCUUCUUGGCAGCAAUUUCAGCAUGUAAUUACUCUGGGCUGGUUGAUGAAGGGCUUGCUCUGUACAGGUCAAUGGAAACUUUUGGGGUUGCAGUAACUCCUCAGCACCGUUGCUGCAUUGUGGACAUGUUAGCUAAAGCCGGCAGAGUGGAGGAAGCUUAUGAAUUUGUGCAGGAGCUGGGGGAGGAGGGUAACUUCAUUUCUAUCUGGGGAUCACUGCUCGUGUCCUGCAAAGCACAGGACAAGCAGGAAUUGGUGAAUUUGGUGACAGAGAGAUUGCUUUGCUUUGAGAAGAAGUAUGGCCAUGCUGGUUACAACGUUUUGUUGUCACAUAUUUUUGCUGCUGAGGGCAACUGGAGUAGUGCUGAUAGCUUGAGGAAGGAGAUGAGGUUGAGAGGGUUGCGGAAGAUGGCAGGUUCUAGUUGGAUUAAAGUCCAGGAUGCAGCAUUACAAAGCUCCCCCUAA